AUGAACACUGCGACGAAUGCCUUCGACUUUGGCUCGUCUACCGCUUCGUCGGCGGCCACGUCGACAACUUCAUCGCAGCCAGAUGCGAACGAUCAUCUCUCGGUAAGAGCACUCAUUUCCGAACAGUGCUGGGGUUAGAUGAGAAUUGGAAUUCUGAUUCUGAUUCUAAAAUCUAAAAAGAAAUGCCCCAUCUAAAUUCCACCAUUUUGUAGAGACUGGCAGCGAUGACCCAAGGCGUUGGCAAGGAAGAUCCGGAAAGCUCGUCGACGCCGUCGGCCGAAGCGAGUCUUUACCCAGGUAGUUGGUGGUUCCUCCCCUCGUGCUCAUUCGAACCCCUCCGCAGUUUCAGCCGCCUACAUGCAGAGCUACGGAUGGCCGCAGAAUUACAGCUACUUCGGUCAGCCACUGGGCCCAGCCGCCUUUCCCGGGUGGCCACAGUGCUAUCCGAAUCCGGCGUGGCCCAACUACGGUGAGUUAUUCGGUCAGUUCAUUUUUCUUUUUGUGGUGUGCCAUGGGUAUGAGUAGGAACUUCAGAGUUAUAAGAAAUGGGGGCACCUCGUUCGCUCAUCCAAAUGAAUUGCCGUUUUCAGCCUCGUCGAAGAAAGGCCGUCAGACGUACCAGCGCUAUCAGACAUCGGUGCUUGAGGCGAAGUUCCAGCAGUCCUCGUACGUGUCGAAGAAGCAACGCGAAGAACUGCGUCUGCAGACUCAGCUGACGGACAGACAGAUCAAGAUCUGGUUCCAAAAUCGUCGGAUGAAGGCGAAGAAAGAGAAGCAGCGAGUGGACGAUCACACGGAGCACACGCCGUUGCUACCGGCGAACCCGCCGAAGGGCAUGGGCAUGGAGUCGGACGAGGACAAGAAGUGGCAAAUGGCUGCGCACUGGCAACCAGCCGCCUCGCACAAUCCGUAUCAGUACCCGCUUUGCCCUCCGUAA